ACUCAUCUCUAACUAAGAAUGUCUGACAACGAGAGAGACCCAAUUCAAGAUCCCAUCGAGGAUGAAGAAGAGGUUGAUUUUGAAGACGAACUUGAACAACCUUCUGGCACAGCUACUCCCGACAAUGAAGUCAAUGAAGAUGCUGACGAAGAAGAUCCUGAGCAAAUGUUUGCUGAUUUAAAGAUGAAGAAAAAGAAGAAGAAGACCAAGACCGAGGAUGCUCCAGAGGCAGCUGAAGAAGGUGCCGCAGCUGGUGAUGAGGACCUUGACUUUGGUGAGCUUAAGAAGAAGAAGAAAAAGAAGAAGAAAAUCAUGGCUUAACAGCGAUCGCGAUUACACCUAUAGCGAGCUUCUCAGCCGUGCAUUCAAGACACUUCGACAGAACAAUCCUGAACUUGCAGGUGAAAAGAAGCGAUACACCAUCGUUCCACCAUCAAUUCAUCGUGAAGGUAACAAGAAGACUAUCUUUGCUAACGUCGCUGAUAUUGCCAAGCGAAUGCACCGAAAUCCAGAACACGUCAUUCAAUUCUUGUUCGCUGAAUUGGGUACCAGCGGAUCCGUUGAUGGUGCUCAACGACUUAUCAUCAAGGGUCGUUUCCAACAGAAGCAAAUUGAGAACGUUCUUCGACAUUAUAUUGUAGACUAUGUUACUUGCAAAACCUGCAAAUCCCCAGAUACUAUCCUGCACAAGGAUAACCGAUUGUACUUUGUACAAUGUGAAGCCUGCGGUUCCUCAAGAUCAGUUACUGCCAUUAAGACUGGUUUCAAGGCUCAAACUAAGGAGGAUAGACGGGCUGCAAAGAGAGUAUAGUUUUGGCCGUAUAACAAAGAAAAUACAGAACGACAUGUGUGCAUAUACGAGGCGGCAUCUUCAUAUUACAAGCCUCAAUAAAAAACAAUUUGAAUCUCUGUGGUCGUAUGUAAUUUACUAUAUGGGAGACUGACAGGUAGCA